CGGAUUUGUAGUCGCGUCUUCUGUCGUUACCCUAUUCUCUCGCUUUAUCUGUUAGAUUUGCUCGAAUACCAAAAUACCACCUAGUUUACUGACUCCUGAGCGGGUCACUUCUGUUAUGGCAUACCAGUUCUUUGCCAAAGCCCAUCAAGCUAAGCGGCCCUCCUCCACUUCUCCCCCGCUCCCCCAGCACUCCUCAUCCCCGUCAUCAUCGCGGAGCAUUCAUAGCAAGCCUCCAAAGUACCCUCCACCAAUGGUUGCUUCUCCGCCUCCGGCGCCGCCAGUGCCCUCGGCCAUCAAUAUAGCCGCAAAACUGAAACCGCCAACCUCUAAAGACCCUUCAUUCCAACCCCCGCCAUAUCCUCAUCCCAUUCAGCCUGGCUAUUCUACUCCGCACGAGCAUGUCACAGUAGAACCAGUGAACACGGCUCACAUCCAAUCGCUAUCUCGCAUUACUGGCCUACUCUUGCCAAUCCGCUACCCGAAUUCUUUCUACACCGCUACUGUCACGGAUCCCGUGAUCGCAUCCGUCUCGCGCGUGGCCGUAUACCAUGAUCACCCCGUGGCCGUCGCGCCGCCGUCGGCGCCCACCCAAUCGCCUACAUCAGGAACUGACAAAGUGAUUGGCGGUAUCCGGUGUCGACUGGAGCGACUCACCCCAGGCACUUCUGAAGCUCCUUCGCAAUCAGACAACGGGCAGGAACCGACAAACCUGUACAUCCAGACACUACACCUACUCUCUCCGUAUCGUGGCUACGGAGUGGCAGCUUCUCUGCUCAAUUCGCUUUUAUUCUCGUCUCCUCCUAGCCCCAGCCCGACCUCCAAUUCGAGGUACGAAUUGUCAGACCUUGUGAAACAUUACAACAUCCGCUCUGUCACGGCCCAUGUACACGAGGCAAACGAGGACGGCCUCAAGUGGUACAUUUCACGUGGGUUUCUGGUGGAGGAAGGGGUAGUCGAAAAUUACUAUCGCCGUCUGAAGCCUUCGGGCGCGCGGAUUGUCAAAUUAGAGCUCCAGUGGGGCCACACCAGUGACAAUCAGGCCACCGAAAUCCUUGCAGAGCUCCCAGCGGUGCAGACGGAGACUGGAAGAAAGGCCUCCCCGGACGCAGAUGAUGACUGGGAAAAGGUCGAGGCGGAGGACGAACUCGAACCCGAAGAGCUCGGAGUGCAGUCGUUUACAGAGUCUACACUCUUAGGUGUAAAUGAAUCCGCAAGGAGGAAGCGAAAGGCCGAUGAAGAGCCGCAGAAGCAUUAGCUCAUUUUAUACACCUACUGGAUGUGACGUCUCUCCGCUAUCUUCUAUUGAUGACCUCGCCUUUGUACUCUCUCCAUUUUCUUUGCAUUUUGUCGUUUAGGAUACCCUUAUUGUUUAUCAGGCCCCCUUUAUUUAGAGCACUCUUGCAUUUUAUUUAUAGUUUACAAUGUCACACUCGAAUGCGUAAUGUGAAAUAUAAGAUGUUAAAUAUAUAACUGGUCAUUU